AUGAUCAAGCACAAAACUGUAAAAGUCUUGUGUGAAACCAGGUGGGUGGAACGACACACAUCUCUGGGGGAAUUUGAGGAAAUCUUUGUGGCACUGUCGGAUUGCCUACAACACAUAGGCGACAACGCAUCUGGUAAAUGGGACCCAAAAGGCAUGUUGGAGGCGAAGGGCCUUCUCGCUGCCGUAUCAUCCCCAAGCUUCCUGGUGUCAUUUUGCUCUACAAAGUACGUAUUUGGUUACACGAAGGCACUCGGUCCUCUCCUUCAGAGAACUAUGCAGGAUAUGCUGACUGCUUAUCAGGAAGUGGGACUCGUCAUUGAUGAGCUUAAGGCAUGCAGGGAAAAUGCAGAAAAGGAAUUUGAUGAGAAUGUUUGGCAACAGGCAUCAAUGAUGGCCACCGACGCCGAUGUGGAAGCCAUGGCCAUUCCUAGGCGAUGCGGCAGACAGACGACACGAGACAACCUCGACAUGGAAGAGCCAGUUGACUACUGGCGGUGUUCUUCCUUCAUUCCUUUAUUGGACCGUAUCAUUUCCGAACUGGAAUCUAGGUUUAGACCUAUGGCUACUAAAGCUAUACGGGCUGUUUAUCUGCUUCCACAGUUUCUGGACUCACUGACGAACGACGAUGUGGAACAGGUCAAGGAGUACUUUGGAAACGGUUUGCCCGAUAAACACACGUUUGACCAAGAAAUACGUCCGUGGAAGAGGAAAUGGAGCGAGAUCCUGACAGCGACACGACCAUCCACGCUUCACGAUGCACUGGAAACUACGAACAAGCACAUGUACCCAAAUAUUCACACCAUUUUCAGUAUCUUGCUCGUAAUGCCAGUGUCCAGUGCUACUGUUGAGCGAGGAAACUCUGCCUUGAAAUACAUCUAG